AUGGCCGAAUACGAUGUAUCUCCAGGCAACAACUUCGGUCACCUGCUGCAGACCAUCGGCAGCUGGGGGCGACCCAGCAUGUUCCGGUCCAUGAUCGUGGCUUCAUCGACAGCAGCACUUCUCGGUCUCGGAGCUGCUGUAGGAAGCGGUAUCCUCCUCUCGAGUGGUAGCUUUGGGUUCCUGGUCGGCUCGUGCAUCGGCUUCGUGGGCGCGUCGAUCCAUUACUACAACGCGUCCCUGAGCCAAGCUCUCGUAGCCCUGGAAGAGCACCCACGGCUAAUGCAGCUGCACCUCGCGUACAACUUCCCGUGGCUCGGCUUCCAGCGUCUCAGCCGGGCGCAGCUGCACGCUGAAUGGUGGCGGCACAGCUGGAUCCGCCAGGGCAACCUGAUCGCCGCGUGGCAGAGCGCUUCGGGCGCCCUGGACGAGAUACACGAUCGUAGGACCCAGCUGCUUGUCGAUAGGACGGUCAAGCAGGGUCUGGAGUCGGGAUCGGGUGGGGUCGUUCUGGAGGAGGAUACGGAGGGAGGUGAUGGGAGGGAAGGUGUGGCUUUGUUGGAGGAGAAGUCACGAGAAUGA